GUCGGGAUCGCAGAUUUACAUUGACAUUGUUGUACGCAUGUCUACGUAGUUCACGCUAUUUACAGGGAGGGGGCACUAGCGUAGGCAAACUCUUAGCUUUGACUAUCAAGCCUUGCUAAAUCACCGCUCUCUCCAAGGAAACAAAACAAUAUAGAAUUGGGUUGACGGCGUGCAACAAGCAUAGACCCUCUCUCGACACGACAACGCGUGAGUAUCUCCUCUUAUCUGCUCGCAACGAAGGUAAAAGCUCCGCAAAGCGACUGCUUUGAAGGCGGCUGCCGUGGUGCUUUCCCGUGGAAUGAGCGUUCCAUGCAGCAUCCUAGGUAUGAAUGACGUGGCCUGGCAGGAGACAAGAGGUGGGAUGCUGCAUGCAAAUGGUGCCCCUGAGUCUGGGGGUGUCCGAGUUCAUGGCGGAGGACCCCUAUCUGCAGUCGGAGGAGCUGUACAAGCUCCCGGAGGACCACAUUUACAGGGCAUGGACAGGGGUGUCAAUCCUACCCCAGGUACCCCGCAGCCUCCAUUAAGUGGAAGAUCUCAGGAUGAUGCCACAGUUGGGUACUUCUUUCAGAGGCAGCCUGGAGAGCAGCUUGUUGGUUGCACACCCAGCAAGCAUCGCUGGCCAACUGGAGAUGCUAAUCAUCUUGAUCAGGUCCGUGCUGUGGAUGAAAUGAAUUAUGACUUUCAGGCACUUGCUUUGGAGUCGAGGGGGAUGGGAGAGCUUUUGCCAGCAAAAAAGCUCUGGGAUUCUGAUGAGCUGGCCAAGGAUGGAAGGAAAGGCAUGCUUCUUGGAGAGGAGUGGAGGGACAAUGCGUGGGGAUCAUCUCAUCAUUCAGUGUCUCAGCCAAUCAUGGUGCAGCGACGGCCAGGCCAGGGUUUCCAUGGGAAUGGUGAUGCCAAUUCUGUGCUUUCACCUCGCUCAGAAGGAGGAGGCCUCGGGGUGAGCAUGGUGGAGUACGUCCUGAGUUCCUCUCCGGGUGACAAGAUGGAUAGUCGCUACAGGAAUGGCGGCUAUGGCGGUGGGGAUACUGACCAAGAUGGAAGAGAGAAGAGUGAUGCACAAGAGAAGGUGUCGCCCUUUGAAGAGGACAAGAGCCCAGAGAUGAAGGUGGGAGAAGAGAGUGAUCCUGCUAAAGCCAACGGAAGAGGUCUACUAAAUGGAAUGGACAGAGACUGCAAAGACUUCAAUCCAACCCCCGGAAGCCGUCAAGCUUCCCCCACUGAAGCCGUGGAGAGAAUGGGUCCCAGUCAGACAGGUUUGGAGAUGAUGGGACAGCACCACCCCCAUGCCCUCCAACAACAGAACCCCACCCAAAACAAGGUCCCAACUGAGGACUUCCAGAACCAGGAGGCUCAGAACAUGGGAGGUAUGGAGCAGCAAGCCGGUGUGGAGUCCUUACAGUUCGACUAUGCUGGGAACCAGAUUCAGGUGGACUCCUCAGGGACUCCUGUAGGAUUAUUUGACUACAACUCUCAGCAGCAGUUGUUCCAGAGAUCCAAUCCUUUGACUGUUCAACAGCUCACUGCAGCUCAGCAACAACAAUAUGCUCUAGCUGCAGCUCAGCAGCAGCAUCUCGCUGGCCUUGCACCUGCAUUUGUGCCAAACCCUUACAUCAUUAAUGCUGCCCCCCCUGGAGCUGAUCCCUACACUGCUGCUGGGCUUGCAGCAGCAGCCACGCUUGCAGGCCCUACAGUUGUUCCACCACAAUACUACGGUGUUCCUUGGGGUGUGUACCCGGCCAAUCUUUUCCAACAACAGGCUGCAUCUACUGCCAAUCACUCAGCUAAUCAGCAAGCAUCCAAUCAGGGACCAGGACCAGGCCAACCACAGGUGAUGCGCACAGGAACCAACCAGCGACCUCUUACCCCUGGGCAAGGCCAACAGAGUCAGCAGGAAUCUUUAGCUGCUGCAGCUGCUGCAAACCCGGCAUUGGCUUACGCAGGAAUGCCUGGUUAUCAGGUGUUGGCCCCUGCGGCCUAUUAUGACCAGACUGGGGCCCUGGUGAUGGGCCCUGGUGCCCGAACUGGUCUUGGUGGGCCUGUUCGUCUAGUCCAGACUCCUCUCCUCAUCAACCCUGCAGCAGCACAGGCUGCAGCUGCAGUAUCUGCGUCUGGCUCUGGUAACAACAUGUCUGGUCCUCCAGCCAACGGACUGUACCGCUCCAUGCCUCAACCUCAACCGCAGCCUCAGCAGCAGCAGGCCCCUCCACCCAGCAGCGGUCUGCCCUCCAGCUCCUUCUACGGUUCUGGAUCAGUACCUAACACCUCUCAGAGCAGCUCCCUUUUCUCACACACCUCCGCUGCCCCACCACCUCCAAGCUCCUCCCUGGGCUUCAGCAGCACCGGUGGCUCUCUUGGCGUGGGCCUGGGCUCUGCCCUUGGAGGCUUCGGCUCUUCUGUUUCCAGCUCCACCAGUAGCAGUGUAUCUCGCAGGGACUCCCUGCUGGCAAGUUCUGACCUAUACAAGCGCGGUGGCAGCAGUCUAACUCCCAUUGGUCAGCCGUUUUACAACAGCCUGGGUUACUCUUCUUCACCGAGCCCCAUUGGCCUGACACCGGGUCACUCCCCACUCACUCCCCCACCUUCUCUGCCCUCCUCUCAUGGAUCCUCCUCCAGCCUUCACCUAGGUGGCCUGACAAAUGGUAGCGGGCGGUACAUUUCUGCAGCUCCUGGAGCUGAAGCCAAAUACAGGAGCACCGGUGGAACGUCCAGUCUGUUCAACUCCAGCAGUCAGCUGUUCCCUCCCUCUCGGCCCCGCUACAGUCGCUCUGAUGUUAUGCCAUCCGGUCGCAGCCGCCUGCUGGAAGACUUUAGGAACAACCGUUUCCCAAACCUCCAACUCCGUGACUUACCAGGACACAUGGUGGAGUUCUCUCAAGACCAGCAUGGAUCCAGAUUUAUCCAACAGAAGCUAGAGAGGGCCACUCCUGCUGAGAGGCAGAUGGUGUUUGGAGAGAUUCUGCAAGCAGCAUACCAACUGAUGACAGAUGUAUUUGGGAACUAUGUCAUCCAAAAGUUCUUUGAGUUUGGAAGUGCAGACCAGAAGCUGGCUUUGGCAACACGUAUUCGUGGGCAUGUCCUCCCCCUGGCUUUACAGAUGUAUGGUUGCAGGGUCAUUCAAAAAGCCUUGGAGUCCAUUUCCUCAGACCAGCAGGUAAUUAGCGACAUUGUCCGCGAGCUGGAUGGCCAUGUGUUGAAGUGUGUCAAGGACCAGAACGGAAACCAUGUGGUGCAGAAGUGCAUUGAAUGUGUCCAGCCUCAGGCCCUCCAGUUCAUUAUUGAUGCCUUCCAGGGACAGGUGUUUGUGCUUUCCACACACCCGUACGGCUGCAGAGUUAUCCAAAGGAUUUUGGAGCACUGCACCCAGGAGCAAACUCUGCCCAUCCUGGAAGAGCUGCAUCAGCACUCUGAACAGCUGGGUCAGAAAUAUCAAGGCGUAUCAUUGGAGAUGACACCCAAAACAUAUUAUACAGUGUCCCGUGAUGCACUGUUCAAGGAUCAGUAUGGUAACUACGUCAUACAGCAUGUUUUGGAGCAUGGCAGACCAGAAGAUAAGAGCAAGAUAGUGGCAGAGGUUCGCGGAAAGGUUCUUGUCCUGAGCCAACAUAAAUUUGCAAGUAAUGUUGUGGAGAAGUGUGUGAUCCACUCUUCGCGGUCAGAGAGAGCUCUGCUGAUAGAUGAAGUCUGCUGCCAGAAAGACGGGCCCCACAGCGCCUUGUACACCAUGAUGAAGGACCAGUACGCCAACUACGUUGUCCAAAGAAUGAUCGACAUGGCAGAACCUGCUCAGCGUAAAAUCAUCAUGCACAAGAUCCGGCCUCACAUUGCCACUUUGCGCAAAUACACCUACGGGAAGCACAUUCUGGCCAAGCUAGAAAAGUACUACAUGAAGAGUGGAUCAGAACUGGGUCCCAUCGGUGGUCCCACGAAUGGCCUCAUGUAGUCACGUAGACGUCCUGGGUCCCCUGAAGAAGAUGAGGAGGAGUAGGAGCCCCAAACCCCCCUGUUCUGUGAGAGAUGCUCCUUAGCCUUAGGGGUUAGCCUUUUGACACACUCUGUCAUCCAAUUUUUUUUUUUUUUUUUUGGAAGGGGGGGGAAAUUACCAAAAACAAAAAAAGACAAGUCAACUUCACCUAAGAACGCUGUGACAACUGACCCCUGCCACUCUGCCACCCCUGGUGCAGGUCCCCAGCGUGGCCCCCAGGGGACGCACAGUCAGCAGGCUGUUUUUUUGUUUUGAUUCCUUUCUCUUUUUUUUUUUUUCUCCUGGGUAAAGCACAAGCCCGUUGUUAAUGAUGUAAUUGAUGUAUUUGACUGGUUUUCAUAUUAUCUUGUACAUUUAGUUUUUUACCUUGUAAAUUCUCUGUAGAAAAAAAACUUAUUACACAUUUGCUGAAAUUUACAAUUCUUACAAUUAACACCAGCAAGUGACUUUAUAUGGCUAAACUGAGUGAUCCUUUUAAAAGACAAUUCCACUUGUUUUUGUAAUCAGACUUAUUAUGUCAGCUGUUCUAAUGAAGUCUAGGCAAUUGAAUAUUAUAUUUGUAUAUUCUCCCACGCACAGUAGAAGUGUUUUCCCAUGCCAAAGCAACUGAUGGAUUAGUUUUCAAAUAGCACUGCAUAGUAUGGAUGGAUACAAACCUCUCCGUCCACAGCGAGUACUAUGUGUCACGUGCCACCCAGAGGUCUUUGAGACCAGAUUGCUAGCUUGGCUGUGGGGGGAUUGGUGCUUUAAUCUUGGGUAGUGUUUUCCAGUGGUGGCUUUUUCUUGCCUCCUUCUGCUGACUUGGUGUGUUUACUCCCAGCAGCUUGUCGUCUGCCUGACCUUUCGGUACUAACUAUUACAGUCCGGCAGACCCGAGCCGCUGCAUCCGCUGAGCCCCAUUUGAGCCGUCGUUCCUUUCCCUCAUCCAGGUGAUCACUCGGGGAAGGGAGGGGUUUAUGCAAGAAAAAACAAGCUACCGUUAACUUACAGAAGCAGAGCAUGAGGUUUGGUUGUACAGCGGGCGUGUAACCUGGUUUAAUCUUAACGUGAAAUGACCAUAGUGGGGGGGAGGGGGCUUUUUGUGGGGGAUAAUAGUGGGGAGGGAGCGGGGUAUGCGUUGGCAUGCUGUGACAGGUUUUAAUCCUUGGAAUGAUUUUUUUUUUCUUUAUCAUGUUUUGUGUAACAUCUUAUCUGUCUUGUAGUUUGAGAUGAACACUGCCCUAGAAAAUGGAAUCUUUAUGUACUAAAUAAUCAUCUCUUGUGUAGAAGUAGUUUAGCAAUGUAUAGCAUCUUUAUGUACGAGUAAAUUGUUGCUUUUGGGUAGGGGGGCUUGCAGCAAUGAUGGGACCCCCACCGCCUAACGGUCAGAGCAGUCCAAAAAAAAAAUGUUGUGAAGUGGAGUUUAUCCCGGCUUUGUACAUCUGAGGUGAAUUGAACUGGAGCUAGCAGGAUACGUUGAAGAAAGGGAUGUUGAAAGAACCUUUUUUCUUUUUUUUUCUUUUUUUUAAUGGUUCUGUUUUUGUUUUUUAAAUUUCCGUAAUUCUUUUUUUUUUCCCAUUUGAUUGGGUAUGCAAGUGCAUUGGUGGAGGCCGGUGGGGCCAUCAGAAGCUAUACAAUUCACCUGUAAUGCUUGUAGUGAUGGCUUCUUUGCUUCAUAUGAAUUGUAGAAUACAUGUAGUAUAUGUGCAGUUAAUAAGUGUAAGAUUAUUAGUUUAACUGAAAAAAAAUGUCUAGUCGUGGUGUUUGACAGGCCUUGCUCUAAAUUUGUAGUGAUGCUUUUAUUUCGUCUGUACAGUUGUACAUUUGUAAACGUUUAUGCUGUAAAUGGGAUGUCUUUUACACUUUUUGGGGAGAAAAAGGCAAAAAUGUGCAUUUAGAUGUGUGUAUAUUCAUCACUCCUUUCCCCUUGAAUAUAAUGUAUACAGUUUUAUUUGAGCAAGUGUUAUUUUAAAGAAAAAAAAAACUUUAUGGCUUCACAAUCUGGCAUGGUUUUUGUUUUUAAUCUGUUAUGGGAAAGGCCAGCCUCUAUUUGUACUGAAGCUGUAACAUCCACUGUUGAUAGUCUUUCUGAUGUGUGACAGUUUAAAAAGAAAAAAGAAACACUCUGUACUAAAACUGAGGCUGCAUUUAGUCCUCUCUGCUACCAUGGAAACUUCACAGGAUAUGACAAGAAUUAUUUUUGUACAGAAGAGUGCUGUAUUUUGGAACAGCUACCUUGUAAGCAAAAGCAAUGUAAAAUAUUGUCAAUUAUAUAAAUAUGAACAUAUGAGUUUUGUCACACUGUCAAAGUCAUGUACAUUUUCAGGUGGCCUUAUGUACAUUUCCAGAUGUUAGAUGAAGAAAACAAACUCAUUUUUGGAAGCAGAAUUGUGACUAUGUAUGAUUAAACUGUUCUUCUAACAUUUGA